ACCUGUGGUGACGUUUUCAGCGGACUCGCCCGAGGAUGGACCUGAACGCGCGGAAACCCUUUGCUUGGUGCAUCAUCGUCUUCAUCUCACUUUACACAUUCGCAGAAACCCGGUUAUUACAGCACAGCCGAGGCUCGAGCUCAGCAAGCGUCCGCACGCCGACCAGCAGUCUUUAUCAUCCAAACAUCCAGCCCCAGGUGUCUGCAGCCAAACAGCAACAGCAGCAACAACAGCAGCAGAGCGCGGGGCUCAGUGUGCGCCCUCGGCCCAUCGUCGUCAAAUGUCACCCGGACUCGAUAGAGGUGGUGGUGCAGGCUGACAUGUUCGAUACAGGCCUUCAGGUAGACGGUCAUCACCUGCGCCUCGGCCCUGAUUCAGUAUCUGAAGAGGGUUCGUGCAGGGCAGUCCCGUCAGGAGAGGCCGAAUUCACCAUGAGGGCUCACCUCUUGGACUGUGGAACGAAACUCUCAUCAAACAAAGAGAAGAUUAUCUACUCUACUGUCCUGGUCUACUCACCUGAAACGUCAUCCGGUAGUCUGCUUAGAUUAGAUGGAGCAACGAUUCCAGUGGAAUGCCAUUAUGAAAACAAAUAUGCCGUGGAUAGUUUUUCUCUGCUUCCCAAAUGGAUUCCUCUCGUCUCCACGACAUCAGCUCAGAACCAAGUGGAUUUCAAUUUUCGACUCAUGACUGAUGACUGGCAGUUUCAGAGGGGAGCUCACUCAUAUUUCCUUGGUGACCUCAUUCAUUUCGAAGUGUCUGCCAUCAUUGGUAAUCACUUGCCCCUGCGCGUCUACAUCGACCGCUGUGUUGCUACACCGGCUGCUGAUGCUGAAGGAACCUUAAAAUAUGACUUCAUCGAGCAUCAUGGAUGUCUUACUGAUGCUUACCUGACCAGCUCCAGCUCCCGUUUCUUACCAAGAGUUAAGGAGCACAAUUUGAGAUUUCAGAUGGAUGCGUUCAGGUUUUCUCAAGAUGCCAGAAGCCAGGUCUACAUAACCUGUCACAUAAAGGCUGUUCCUAUCACAUCAACAAUCGACUCACACAACAGGGCCUGCUCUUUUAUUGAGAAACGAUGGCAGUCCGUUGAUGGGAACGACCAGGCAUGCACAAGCUGCGAUAUCUCCCAACCAUUUGAGGAGCCCUCCCCCACAGAACCCCCCACAUCUCCAAUCGGCACCAAAGCCUGGUCCAUGAAGACUUCACAGGAAAGUUUAAUGCAGAAAAUGCCCGAACCAGCCAAUUAUGUCCAUUUCCGUCCAGGAGGGCAUCACAGCCAACGCGGCAAUCUUCAUCAGUCAUCUUCUAGAUUCAUGAAGAGGGCGACAGACACAAAUCUGGAGAAAACGAUGCAGCUGGGGCCUCUUAUUGUCCUCCCAUCCUGAAAAUUUAUAUCUGGGGAAAACCAAUUCCAAAACUGCACUUUCAACAAAGAAUGAGACCCUGGAGAGAACUCUAGAGACUGAUGAUGGGGGGGGGGGAGGGCUUUAGUCUCAUUAAUGAACAAUACUUAAUAAGUUACAGC